CUCCGCUCCUCCGCGGCUGCCAGCCUCGGUCCGGCUCCGGCUCCGGCUCCCGUGGCGCCGUAGUUGGGGAGCCCAGGGUUCGGUGGCUCCCCAGGAGCGUGGAGCGCGCAGGGACUGACUAAUUGGGGCCGGGGGAAGGGGGUGGGGGGCAAUGGAGCAGCCCGAGGACAUGACGUCGCUGAGCGAGUUCGACUCCUUGGCGGGCAGCAUCCCAGCCACCAAGGUGGAGAUCACCGUGUCCUGCAGGAACCUUUUGGACAAGGACAUGUUUUCCAAGUCUGACCCACUGUGCGUCAUGUAUACUCAAGGCAUGGAGAACAAGCAGUGGAGGGAGUUCGGACGCACCGAGGUCAUCGACAACACUCUCAACCCCGACUUCGUGCGCAAGUUCAUCGUGGACUACUUCUUCGAGGAGAAGCAGAACCUCCGCUUCGACCUAUACGACGUUGACUCGAAGAGCCCAGACUUAUCCAAACACGAUUUCCUGGGCCAGGCCUUCUGCACCCUCGGAGAGAUUGUGGGGUCCCCCGGGAGCCGCCUGGAGAAGCCCCUCACGAUAGCAGCGUUCAGCCUGAACUCCAGGACGGGCAAACCCAUGCCGGCCGUGUCCAGCGGAAGCGGUCUCUGGAUGGAAGGUCUGAGAAGCACGGGCCUGGAAGCGUCCGGCGGUGUCCCAGGGAAGAAGUGCGGCACCAUCAUCCUGUCGGCCGAGGAGCUCAGCAACUGCCGGGAUGUUGCCACGAUGCAGUUCUGCGCCAACAAGCUGGACAAGAAAGACUUCUUCGGGAAGUCCGACCCGUUCCUGGUGUUCUACAGGAGCAACGAGGACGGAACGUUCACCAUCUGCCACAAGACCGAGGUCAUGAAGAACACCCUAAACCCAGUGUGGCAAACGUUCUCCAUCCCCGUGAGGGCCCUCUGCAACGGGGACUAUGACCGGACCAUCAAGGUGGAGGUGUACGACUGGGACCGUGACGGCAGCCAUGACUUCAUCGGGGAGUUCACCACCAGCUACCGGGAGCUGGCCCGCGGGCAGAGCCAGUUCAACAUCUACGAGGUGGUAAACCCAAAAAAGAAAAUGAAGAAAAAGAAAUACGUGAAUUCUGGCACGGUCACGCUGCUGUCCUUCGCUGUGGAGUCAGAGUGCACGUUUCUCGACUACAUCAAAGGAGGGACCCAGAUCAACUUCACCGUAGCCAUCGACUUCACAGCUUCCAACGGGAACCCCUCGCAGUCCACGUCGCUGCACUACAUGAGCCCCUACCAGCUGAACGCCUACGCGCUGGCGCUGACCGCCGUCGGGGAGAUCAUCCAGCACUACGACAGCGACAAGAUGUUCCCCGCCCUCGGCUUCGGCGCCAAGCUGCCCCCCGACGGCAGGGUGUCCCACGAGUUCCCGCUGAACGGCAACCAGGACAACCCGUCGUGCUGCGGCAUCGACGGCAUCCUGGAGGCCUACCACCAGAGCCUGCGCACCGUGCAGCUCUACGGCCCCACCAACUUCGCGCCCGUCGUCACCCACGUGGCCCGGAGCGCGGCCGAGGUGCAGGACGGCUCCCAGUACUCCGUGCUGCUCAUCAUCACCGACGGCGUCAUCUCCGACAUGGCGCAGACCAAAGAGGCCAUCGUCAACGCUGCCAAGCUGCCCAUGUCCAUCAUCAUCGUCGGCGUGGGCCAGGCGGAGUUUGACGCCAUGGUGGAGCUGGACGGCGACGAGGUGCGGAUCUCCUCCCGAGGGAAGCUGGCCGAGCGGGACAUCGUCCAGUUCGUGCCCUUCAGGGACUACGUGGACCGCACGGGCAACCACGUGCUGAGCAUGGCGCGCCUGGCCCGCGACGUGCUGGCCGAGAUCCCGGACCAGCUGGUGUCCUACAUGAAGGCCAAGGGCAUCCGCCCGCAGCCCCCGCCCGAGGCCCCCGCCGGCUCCCCCUCCCAGUCCCCGGCCCGCACGCCCCCCGCCUCCCCCGGCCACCCGCCCAUCUGAGCCUCCCGCGGUGGGCGCUGGGCCUGGGGGGGCAGGAGGAGGGCA